CGUCGGACGCCAGGUGUCGGGGGUUAAGGCGGCGUUGGCGGUCGCGUUUUUUUCUACCCGGAAACUACGACUGCCGGACCCGGACACCAACCCGUGUUGCGGCGGCGCGAGCCCGACUGGCUUCUGGUCCUCGCGUCGGCCCCGCGGAGCCGGCGCGGCGGGGAGGAUGGUGCCGAGCGGCCCCGGGCCCGCCGUGCGCCGCCGCGAGUGGAGCUGAUCAGAAUAAUGUUCAACAUCAACCCCCUGGAGAACCUGAAGGUGUACAUCAGCAGCCGGCCCCCCUUGGUGGUCUUUAUGAUCAGUGUAAGCGCCAUGGCAAUAGCUUUCCUGACCUUGGGCUAUUUCUUCAAAAUCAAGGAGAUCAAGUCACCAGAAAUGGCAGAGGAUUGGAAUACUUUUCUGCUGCGGUUUAAUGAUUUGGACUUGUGCGUAUCAGAGAAUGAAACACUAAAGCAUCUCACAAACGACACCCCAGCUUUGGAAAGCACAGUGACCAGCGGCCAGGCCAGGAUGUCCACGCAGUCCCCGCAGUCCCUGGAGGAUCCAGGCCCAGUGAACAUCUCAGUUGCCAUCACCCUAACCCUGGACCCACUCAAACCCUUUGGCGGGUACUCUCGCAACGUCACCCAUCUGUACUCGACCGUUCUUGGGCAUCAGAUUGGACUCUCAGGCAGAGAAGCCCACGAGGAGAUAAACAUUACCUUUACCCUGCCCACAGCCUGGAGCUCGGACGACUGUGCCCUUCACGGCCGCUGUGAGCAGGUGGUGUUCACAGCCUGCACGACCCUCACAGCCCACCCUGGCGUGUUCCCCGUCACCGUACAGCCACCGCACUGUGCUCCUGACACCUACAGCAACGCCACGCUCUGGUACAAGAUCUUCACAACUGCCAGAGACGCCAACACAAAAUAUGCUCAAGACUACAAUCCUUUCUGGUGUUACAAGGGGGCCAUUGGAAAAGUCUAUCAUGCUUUAAAUCCCAAGCUUACAGUUAUUGUUCCAGAUGAUGACCGCUCAUUAAUAAACUUGCACCUCAUGCACACCAGUUACUUCCUCUUCGUGAUGGUGAUAACGAUGUUUUGCUAUGCGGUUAUCAAAGGCAGACCCAGCAAACUGCGUCAGAGCAAUCCUGAAUUUUGUCCUGAGAAGGUGGCUUUGGCUGAUGCCUAAUCCCACAGCUGCCGUUUUCUGAGAGAGACUGAGAGAACCAUAAUCAUUGCCUGCUGAACCCAGCCUAGGCCUGGACACUCUGUGAAUACAUUAUCUUGCAAUGUUGGGUUAUUCCAGCCAAAGACAUUUCAAGUGCCUGUAACUGAUUUGUAUAUAUUUAUAAAAAAUCUAUUCAGAAAUUGGUCCAAUGAUGCACGUGCUUCGCACUGGGCGCGGCCAGAACCCUUCAGCCUCACCUGCGGGCUUGGCGGGAUGAUCCUGAGUAGCGCCGGAGAGGCUUCGUGACCUCGCCGUCGGAGCAGGCCAUGCUGUCUUUCCCAGGGCCCCAGAGGCGCUUCACUGCUGGUGGGGUUGAGGUUUGCUUUGGUUCUUGUUUCAGCCCGAUCUGUACAGAAUGUUCCAAACAGUCUGCACCUUUGAUAUGAUAUUGCGUUUCCAAAGCCACCCCAAUCCAUUUGGUGGAUUUUAUGUGUCUGUGGCUUAAUAAUUAUAGUAACAACAAUAAUACCUUUUUCUCCGUUUUGCUUGCAAGGAAACAUACCUAUCUUUCUAAGUUUUUUUUUUUCCUUUGAAGAAAAAAUAGUCACAUUUUAAUACUACUCUGAUUAGGACAGAUUUGUGCUUUUAUCUUGAGUAAAAAGUUAAAUAUUUAAAAGUCACCUACAUGGUAGAGAUCUAAGUUUCAUUUUCCACGUGGACAGUGAGGAAUUUGGUCUUGUUCGAGUUGAGUUGGCACAGAAUGUUCCGCUGUCUUUUUCCUCUCUGUGGUCCCUUCCCUCCGUUGUAAAAGUUAAAACAGCUUCCUCGCUCAGAAGGGCUUAAAAACGAGGUGCACACGGCUCUAGAGUGAAAACAAGCUGUUCUCUUCCGGAAUGCAGCUGACGGCAUGGAAGGAGAGGGUGGUGAGUCGGUCUGAUAGUUAGGGUGGGGUUUCUUGUUUUCUUUGAAGAGGGAGUGGGUUUUCUUUCCUGGGUGUUUUUUGGUUUUUUUGCAUUUAUUUUUAUGCAAUUAACAUUCUCAGAAGGAAAUGGCAACUAGUAGUAGAUCAGUAACAUUAAGAAAACGAUGCCUGUGAAAUUGGAAGGAAAGCAAUUCUGAUUUGCCAUUUAUUGGGAAAACCAAAAGCAUUUUCCUUUCCUAUAACAGUUUGAUAAUCUAAUUCCUUUAUCCCUGUUUUCCUUCCAAACCAUCUUCAUUUUAAAACAGUUGUGCAUCUUUUCCAGCCCUUUCUUGUUACUUGUAUUCUUACCAUUUUUCUUUUUCUUAAUAGCUUUUUGCCUUAAUAACUCAUAGUCAUUAAUGAUUUCUGUGUUCUCCCAAGCCAUGUUAUAGCAGAAGGGCAGUUAAAACCUUGGGCACGACUGUCAGCACUUCUUUCUCUUAACUCCAGGUCUGUAUUCUGUUCUAAAUUAGAACCAGCCCUGCAGUCUGAAAUAUAUUGGCCUAGAACAUUUUAUCCCAGGCUUUUUUUUUUUUUUUUAAUAUCCAGGCAUUCUUAAAUGGAAAACAUUUGUGGGCUUUUACUGAAGGUUGUUAUUAAAAUAAUCAUCAUAGUAACUUGAUAUGUUAAUAUUCCUUUUUUUCCUUUUAGUACGUUUCAAGCACAAUAAUCAUACUUGUCUAUCCAGUUUUUUAUGAUAUGAGUUGCUUACAUGAUGCAUGGCUAACCGGUUAAUUUAGUUUUCUCUUUAGAAACUUUGAAACUUCUCUUUAGAAGAUUGAGAAAGAGCCAUUUGGCUUGGCCUUUAGAAACAUCAGUAUCACUAAGACCAACAGAUUUUAGAGGAAGCUGCUACUGAAUUAAUAAAAUCCCAAUGAAGUAGAGUUACAGGAGGAGAUUUAGAACUGGCAGAGUAAUAUAAAAGGAAGACAGGUGAAAAAAGUCAGUUUCACUGGUUUGUUCAGUCCAGCUUGUUGCUAACAUUAAUGGCCCUUGUUUUAGUCACAGGGACUGGCUGGCAUCUGUAGCCAGGGGAGCAGGGACACUGUUAGGCAUGAGGAAAGGAAGUGCCAAAAACGCCUGGAUGGUAUGACUUGUCAUGAGGCCAGGUCACUCACUUUAAAAAUCCAGCAUUCUCCCUCGCAGGUGAUUCUCAGAGAUCUUCCGGAGACCCAGCGUCAGCCAGGUGUACAAAGGGAGGAGGGGAGCCCGUGGGGCCUGGGUCCACUGACCCUCAGCAAGUCCAGAGGACCUGUUGCUAUCUGGGCACUAGCAGACAAGGCCUCGUCCUCUGCUGUCUCUUGCUGGGGGGCCUCAGUGUCACAGACAGGGCCUGCCUGCCGUUCAGGGUGACCCCGUGCAGGGACACUGGCUCAUCCUCAGGCAUCUUGGACCAGAGUCCAAUGAAAGGUCAGCAACUUACUAUUAAAAUGGUUGUUUCAGAUCAUAUUGAUCUCUUUCCUUUUUCCUUUUGUCCUUUCACUGUAUGACUUGAAUCAGUUUUGAUUCUAUCUAUCUGUAAGUAAGUUUUUCUCGUCAUUAGGAACCUGCCACUUCGGUUGCGUUUUCUUUGGCAGUACGUAGGGAUUCAGCAUCCUAGUUUUUCAACCCUCCUGCAGGCACUGUGGGGUUUCGAGGGCCAGCGGAUCCAUUUCACUUACCUUGCUGCAUGAUGGUCAGUAGCUGAUCUGUUACGGCAUUCACUCCCAGAUUAAUUUUCUGUGUUUGAAAUAUGUGCAUAUGUGCUUUCCAGAAUAAAAAAUCUGAAUUU